UUCCCUCCAUUGAACCCCGGCGCCCGGGAUACCUGCCAGUCACUGGCAGGCUGGAGGCAGGACUCGCCGAUUUACAUUUUGGCCCUGUCCCUCUCUCCGGUCGUGACCUUGGAUAAGUUCCUUUCUCGGAGCCACGGUUUUCUCCUCUGAUGGAGCCGGGUGAAGAGCUGGAGGAGGAGGACUCUCCAGGUGGCAGAGAGGAUGGCUUCACUGCCGAGCACCUGGCUGCAGAAGCCAUGGCAGCUGACAUGGACCCCUGGCUGGUGUUUGAUGCCCGCACCACACCUGCUACGGAGCUGGAUGCCUGGUUGGCCAAGUACCCACCAUCCCAAGUUACCCGCUAUGGGGACCCCAGCUCCCCUAACUCCGAACCCGUGGGCUGGAUUGCAGCCUACGGGCAGGGCUAUGUCCCCAACUCGGGCGACGUGCAGGGCCUGCAGGCAGCCUGGGAGGCUCUUCAAAUCAGCGGGCGGCCUGUCACGCCGGGUACCCUGCGCCAGCUGGCCAUCACCCACCACGUGCUCUCCGGCAAGUGGCUGAUGCACCUGGCCCCUGGCUUCAAGCUGGACCACGCCUGGGCUGGCAUUGCACGGGCCGUGGUUGAGGGCCGGCUUCAGGUGGCCAAGGUGAGCCCACGGGCCAAGGAAGGUGGGCGCCAGGUCAUCUGUGUUUACACAGAUGACUUCACGGACCGCUUGGAUGUACUGGAGGCGGAUGCGGCCAUCCGUGCAGCGGGCAUUAAGUGCCUGCUCACCUACAAGCCUGACGUCUACACCUACCUGGGCAUCUACCGCGCCAACCGCUGGCACCUCUGCCCCACGCUGUAUGAGAGCCGUUUCCAGCUCGGGGGCAGUGCUCGUGGCUCCCGUGUGCUGGACCGCGCCAACAAUGUGGAACUAACCUAGUGGGGCUCCUGGGGAGACCGCCCUCUGCACAUCCUGCUAGGGAUCAGUCCUCUGGUCUUCCUCCUCCUCACCCCAAGGAGGCCAAGCCCACCCCAGCUCUGAGGACGAGGUCACUUGGGAACUGCCCGCAUCUUUGAUCCCCUUGAACUUCUUUUCGGGGCUGACUCGAAUCUCCACCAGCUGGAGGCUCUGGCGCCCUGACGGCUGAACCUCAGCAUCUCUUCGCCACUGCUCCCCUCUGCCAGCGAGGACCACGGGCUGGGUACCAACACCCAGGAGGACAGCCUUGCUGGCCUCCAUCCCCUCCUGCACCCUCCCCUUCUUUUCCUCCUCCCUACAAGGAGAAAACUUAGUUCUUCCGGCCUCUCCUUGGAGCCUUCACAGUCCAGGGCAGAGGCCCUGCAGACCUGAGCAUGCCACUUGGGGGGCUGCGGGGGGGCUGCAGUUGUGCCCACUCAACACCUAGCAGAGAGGGGUGCCAGGGCCCUGGACAUGGCGCCUGCCCCCUCAAAGCCUGCUCCACCUUCCUUCCUCGGCUACCUUGUGUGCCUGCUCCUGGCAUUCCAAUAAAGCCCAGCUCGGG